AUGACAUUUGCAACAAGUAAUGAAUGGAAACCACGCUAUUUUGAUAUUGGUGUUAAUUUUUCAGACUCGAUGUUCCAAGGUUGUUACAAUGGCUCAACUACACCAAAGCACCCAUCAGAUAUAGAGCAGGUCAUCGCCAGAGCACACUUGUUUAAUGUAGAUAAGAUGCUAAUUACAGCUUCAUCUAUCAAGGAAAGUGAAGAACAUUUCGAUUUGUGUAAAGAACAUCCAGGCAUGUUUUACUCAACAGUAGGUGUUCAUCCAUGUACAGUGGCACAAGAAUUCUAUCAAAAAGAUGAAGAACUGAACGAAUAUACAGAAUCAUUAGUUCCUGAUGUUGAAAAUAGAUUAAGCAAGCUACGUGAUCUUGUAAAGCUAGGAUAUGAAAAAGGUUACGUGAAGGCAUUUGGCGAAAUUGGCUUGGACUAUGACCGAUUUCAUUAUGCAUCCAAGGAACAGCAAAUAACGAUGUUCACGAAACAAUUGGAAGUAAUCUCCACAUUAAAGGAUUUGAAACUUCCAUUAUUCUUGCAUAUGAGAAGUGCUUGUGACGAUUUUAUAUCAAUUAUUAAACCUUUUAUUGACAGAGGUGAUAUUUUAAAGGGUAAUGGGGUAGUUCACUCAUUUACGGGCACGAAAGAAGAACUUGAAAAAUUACUCGAAUUAGGCUUUUACAUAGGCAUUAAUGGUUGUUCCUUGAAAACAGAUGAUAAUUUAGAAGUGACUAAGAUGGUCCCAAAAUCUAAACUAAUGAUUGAAACCGACUCCCCUUGGUGUGAAAUUAGAAAAAGUCAUGCAAGCUAUAAAUAUAUUACUACUUACCCAAACAAAUUUUAUCCUGAAAUAAAAUUGAAAGAUCGUGAGCCAUCAGUAGAAGAAUCAAAUGGAACACAAGAACAAGGUAAACAAAAGCAAAAACAAAAGCAAACACCCAAGCAACCUCAAAUUAAAUUUGAUGAGUUCUUACCUUUUCCAACUAUCAAGAAGGAAAACUUUGCUAAGCAUCAAAGUGCAGUAGAAACACUCGCAAAACAAAAAGGCGUAGAAAACAUGGUACAACCAAUAGGAGAAUUUGCAUAUCCUUUAAUAAGAUCACGAAAUGAACCAAUAUUUGUAGGUUAUGUUGCUGAAAUUAUGUGUGAAUUAUAUGGAAUCAAAGAUCCCAAGGAUAUCGAGAGCUUCAUUGACUUAAUCUAUGAUAAUACCUGCAAAUUAUUCCAAAUAUAG